CAUAGAAGUCUGAAAAAAUUACCGGUUAUAGUUUUUGAUACCGUCUUUGCGCGGAAGCGAGCUGGAUAGCAGCCUUGAACGGGAUCCUGGGGAAAAAGAUACUUUAAAGUAUGCUUUCCUUCCGAGCGCCUAACGUCAGCCAGAAUGAACAAUAAACGAUCGAUCUGAUUUAACCCAAAAUAUUUGACACAUCUGCAAAGUAUAUCUUAAGUAUCCUUUUCCUCUGGGAGAUUGCACCGACAACUAGGUCCUGUAAUUUUUUGAGAGUCAUAAAUGCUCUCGUUUUUCCAGAAGUUGGGAGCGUAAAUUUACAUUAGUAGUAUAUCUAUGUAACUGGUGUGGUGGACCCUUAACGUACGUUUUAUCAAUUUUUUUUUAUGGUCACAUUCCAAGGAUUUCAUAUCACUACAUUGAUAAUGCUUUUAUGAUAAAAAUUACGAAUUCUUCUCUUUUAUUAAACCAUAAUAAUUGCGUAAUUUUAUCGUCUUAUAUGAACUUUGACUUUUGCAUUGAUAUAGUAAAUAUAAUUUUCCGUUGUGUAAAAUCGUGUUAAAAUAUUGUCGUGUAGAUAUUAUGUGUAAGAUAUUGUUAUCUUCAUGUCAUUAGUAAUGCUAUUAAAUAGCUUGGAAAACUUGGUACUUGGCACAGUCUACUAACAACGCAGAAAACGAACGCUACCUGACACUUUACAUAUGCCGGCCAUUGAAAUGGAUAGUAAAAUAGUAAUGGUAGCAAUGCUCUUAGCUUUAGCUGCAACUCAAUUCUCACAUGCGAGUCCACUUGAGGUAGCAAGUUCUAAUGAAUCGCCAAAGAACAUGUCUCGUACUUUCUUUUACUUUGCUUAUGGCAGCAAUCUCCUGAGCCAAAGAAUUCAUAUUAAGAAUCCUACUGCAGUCCAAAGAUAUAUUGGCAAACUUAAGGAACAUCGUCUUGAUUUUAUCCACUAUUCAAAAAAUUGGAGAGGCAGUGUCUCAACUAUUGUCCCUGAUGUAAAAUCUGAAGUUUGGGGAGUUAUAUGGGAAAUUAAUUUGGAAGACCUGGCCCAUUUAGAUGACCAGGAAGGAGUGCAUGAAAAUAUAUAUUUUCCAAAGAACGUUAGCAUAAGAACCCCUGAAGGAGAAACUAUUGAAUGCAGAACAUAUCAGGAAUGUGUAUUGCCAGAAAAAUAUGUGCCACCGAGUGAGCUGCCACCUGAAAGACAACCAUCCUUUGUAUAUUUAAAUACUAUAAUACGAGGAGCAAAAGAAUUUCACAUUCCAGAAGAAUACAUACGAUUCAUUGAAUCUUUUAAACACAAUGGCUACACGGGUGAAGUAGAACUGCAUGGAAAAUCAGAAUGAAAGCUCAAACUUUUUUACUGUCAACUAGGACAAUGAAGACUAACACUUGACAAAAUUGAUAAAGUAGUAAUAUAUUUAUUUUAAAAAAUUAUCUUGAAUUAUAUGUAUUACUGAUAUUAGCAUAACAUGAGUUACAAUAAAGUACCAAUUUCAAUUUAAAAA